UGUCAGAGUGACGCUUGUGGGGCGAGGGGAGGAGUAAACGAAGCAGGAAAAGCCACUCGAUGCGUCUGUCUAUCAGCUGAGACUGUCUGAAACGCUUCUGGCGCAAACGCGUUUUUCUCCGAUCAGACGAGACCCGGGCUCCAGCCCAGGAGUUUCAAGAGGAAUUAGCCCAUCUCGACCUCGGAGGGUGGAUGUCUGUAUCUUGUUUGUUUUUCGUGCGCGCUGGUAUCCCGCGUCUUCAUGCACUCAGAGCUGUGUUGAAAAUUCUUCUGACGACUAACAAUGUUAGUCAAAGCCGAGCCUCCUCACUCGCAAAAGGAAAGAGCGAAAAGUAUCUGAUGACAGCGAAUCUUGAUCCGGCCGAGGUGGCGUGCUGACGGACUGACGUUAACCAUAUAAUGCCUGUCUAUUUCUCCAAAAUUUCUCUCAGACUUCUACAGUUUUAAGAGGACAUUUAACUGCAUAACUAUAUAAGUUCUUUUUCAGUUUUGGGAUAACUUGUUUUUUUAUGUUGACUUUGAACAAUUCAUAGCAAAAUAACGUGGAAAUUAUAACCCUUUCCCGAUGGCUAGUGAGGAUAGUGAGUGAAAACGCUUACCCCCCAGAAGAUGAUCCAUCGGCCUGAAAUGAGUUGGCGAAAUUCAUUUUUUGUUUCCUCCCCUUAUAUAUUUUUUCAAGUCUUUUCUGGUAUGUUUAGGAUUUGUAACUACGCACUUAUUAAUACUUUGUUGCGGUGGUCAACUUGGGAUGACAAAUAAACCCAAGAAAUAAGUUCGGUCCGCGAGAAAAGGACAGUGCUCGUCAAUAUAGUUGUUAAGUUUUAGGAUAUUUUUUCUUUCUUUGAUUGACAGUUGAUGUCAUUCCUGCAUGAAAAGAACGGUGGAAAGGGUCAGUGACAAUGCCGAGGAGAAAGCAGCAAGAACCGAGGCGAUCUGCAGCCUAUGUUCCACACGCCAAGAAUAAGGUAGCCUUUGAUGAAGAGCACCUUCAGGAUGAUGGGCUCUCCAUGGAUGGCCAAGAUGCAAUGUGCAAUGAGGAAGAGGAGGGUAGUGUGAGAGGUCCUCCAACAUUCUACGACUCACCAUGCAGUAAUGGCAUCAACCCAGAUGCAGGUUAUGCUUCCCCACUCAGUGACACCAGCGAUCAGAUCCCAGAUUUUAAGAGCACCUCUUCAAAAGACGGCCAUGAGAAUGAAGAGUUGCCCAGCUACAAGGACAAUAGAAACACCCUGGAGGACAGUCUGGCACAGAUGAAAGCUGUCUAUGCAAACCUCAUUUCUGAUGCCUCCUGGUCCACCUUUGCCAUGGACAUCACCAAGCCAGUACCCUCUACUAGUGUCACCACACAGACAGCCAGUAGCACACCUACCAUCACUGACAUCACCAUUGAGAGUAGCCACAGCAAUCAAAAGAGCUCUACUGCCAGCAGCAUUAAUGGAAUUCCAGGGAGCAAUUCAGAAUGCCGCUCUGCCACCCCAGUCAGCAGCAGUGGUACUAGUAAUGGUGGUAGUGCAUCCUAUGACUGGCAUCAGGCUGCUUUAGCCAAAACACUACAACAUACCCCUUACCACCUACUGCCAGAAUCCAGUCUUUUCAGCACAGUUCAGCUCUACCGGCAAAACAACAAACUCUAUGGCUCUGUUUUUACUGGUGCAAGCAAGUUUAGAUGCAAAGAUUGCAGUGCAGCAUAUGACACGCUAGUUGGGCUUACCGUUCACAUGAAUGAGACUGGACAUUACCGUGAUGACAACAAAGACAAGGAGGAGGACAAUAGCAAGCGAUGGUCAAAGCCCCGCAAACGCUCCUUGAUGGAAAUGGAGGGCAAAGAGGAUGCCCAGAAAGUACUGAAGUGCAUGUACUGUGGCCACUCCUUUGAGUCUUUACAGGACCUGAGCGUCCAUAUGAUCAAGACUAAGCAUUACCAGAAAGUGCCUCUCAAAGAGCCAGUGCCAGCCCUGGCCACCAAGCUGGUGCCAUCGACCAAAAAACGACCUGUUCAAGAUCCCCUUAUGUGCCCUUGUUCACCUGAGUCACUCACAGGUUCCACUGGUGUUGUUUCAGUGGCAGAGGUUGGAAAAGAUAUAAAGGGAGCAGCUAAUCCUUAUGUUACGCCCAACAAUAGAUAUGGAUAUCAGAAUGGGGCUAGUUACACAUGGCAGUUUGAGGCACGUAAGGCACAGAUUCUGAAGUGCAUGGAGUGUGGGAGUUCUCAUGAUACCUUGCAGCAGCUAACUGCCCAUAUGAUGGUAACCGGUCACUUCCUUAAAGUAACAAACACUGCAUCCAAAAAGGGAAAGCAGCUGGUAUUUGAUGCAGUGGUGGAGGAGAAGAUCCAGUCAAUUCCAUUACCUCCCACUACCACCAGACUGCCUGUUCCCAGCCUUAAGUCCCAAUCUGUGUCCCCUCCUCUCUCUGGCUCAGAGAUAAAGAAAGAAACAGAGGAGAAAAAGACAGAGAUUCAUGAACUUUUUGGGGGAAAGAUCAAGGAGGAGAAGGAGGAGGCUAAAGAGAAGGAGGCUAAAGAGAACUCCACAACAUACAAGUACCUCAGAGAAGAAGAUCUUGAGGAGACUCCCAAAGGUGGAAUGGACAUCUUGAAGUCUCUGGAGAACACAGUGUCCAGUGCCAUCAGCAAGGCUCAGACAGGUACACCUACCUGGGGAGGUUACCCAAGUAUCCAUGCAGCCUACCAGCUUCAGGGAUCUGUGAAGUCAUCCUUACUUUCCACAACAGUUCAAAGUGUUCCGGUGCAACCAGCUAUCAACAGUGGAAUCAGAACCGUAGUUUCCGACCCUGCAUCAAUAAUCCAUUCCCCCUGCAGCCCCUCAUCACCUCCCACCCUUAGGAACAAUGUGUCAGCCAUGGAGGAGCUGGUAGAGAAGGUCACAGGAAAGGCUUCUGUGAAAAAAGAGAAGGAAGAACAAAUGGAUGGUGCCGAGCGGCGAAGGUCUGCAUAUGCAGCCAGAUCACCAACACACAAAGAGAAGAAAGAUGCAGUGUCUCCAUCUCUCACAGCAAAAAACAAUAGCUCUAGAAAGACAGAUGGAGAGGUUGUGUGUAAAAUGGAGCCUAAAGAGACAUUAGUAGAAGGCCAGAACCAUACAAAUGUUCCAGAAUCAUGUAAAUUACCCAUAACUAAUGGCAACAGUUUGGGGGUCAUCACUGAUCACUUACCUGAGACAUCUUUUAUUAGCCCUAUUAGUGCACUGCAGUCAGUCAUGAAUACCCAUCUCAGCAAAGCCUCCAAACUAGUCCAUCCUCCCUCUGAUCCUUUGUCAAUGUUAUACAGGAUCAGCAACAACAUGAUGGAAAAGUCUGCCUACCACUCUGCUUAUGAUAAGCAAAAUGAGCCACUCAAUACUUAUUUCUAUGAAGACAACAACCAGCCCAUAGAUCUGAGGAAAUUCAAAAGCCUAAACAGCGACAGUACUAACAGUGAUACCAACAGUAUUACCAGCAGUCACCCAGUAAUGAACAUCAUCAAUGGAGCCAGGCCUCUUCACUCAAGCUUACCUCUUUCAGACUCUGUACUGUGUCUGCGAGAGAAUGCCCUGAUGGAUAUCUCAGACAUGGUAAAGAACCUCACUGGUCACCUAACUCCAAAAUCCUCCACACCCUCAUCUAUCUCAGAGAAGUCUGAUGCAGAUAGCAGUGCAUUUGAGGACCCACUGGAUGACUUUUCUUCUGCACAGAAGCGGAAAGGCAGACAGUCCAACUGGAACCCUCAGCACCUGCUCAUUCUCCAAGCACAGUUUGCCUCUAGCCUGAGGCAGACUCCAGAGGGUCGCUAUGCCAUGACAGAUCUUGGUCCUCAGGAGCGUGUGCACAUAUGCAAAUUUACGGGCCUUUCAAUGACCACUGUGUCCCACUGGCUUGCCAAUGUGAAAUACCAGCUGAGAAGAACAGGUGGGACAAAGUUUUUGAAGAACAUGGACUCCAGUCAGCCUGUGUUCCUCUGUGGAGACUGUGCCUCCCAGUUCAGGACACCUUCAUCUUAUAUUAGCCAUCUGGAGUCUCAUCUGGGUUUCAGUCUCAAGGACUUGUCCAAAUUGUCUGUGCACCAACUCCAGGAGCAGCAGGCUGCCUCCAAGAAGAUCACAGACAAAAUACCAUGCAGCAGUCCACUGCUGAGCUUGACCUCACUCGAUGAGGACUCUAACCCUGGCUACAUAUACCAGUGCAGACUUUGCAAUCGGACAUUUGUCAGCAAACAUGCAAUCAAGCUACAUCUGAGCAAGACACAUGGAAAAACACCAGAGGACCACCUGGUGUUUGUCACACCAUUAGAAAAACUGGAAAAGGAGGAACAGUGAGGUGCUCAGUGUUGAAGGACAACUGCCUAUGUAACUGACAUUACAUUGCACUAAACUAAAACUGAUUAUGUUUCUGCACUGGGACCGAAAUGAGCCAUUAAUUUUUUUUUAUUUUUUUUUUUAACUGCCUGGAUGGAUCAUAUUUCUCUUGUUUGUUUUUGUUUUUGCUAAGCUUUUAAAACUGCUAACUCUUUUAAAACUGUAUUUAUAUUUAUCUGAUUUGUGCAUGUCUCUUAGUGAUGGUAAACAAAUUUAAAUUUUUUCAUGCUCCUAAAAUGACUACUGUUUUUAUGACAAGAUUGGCAUAGAAAUUGAACAGAAAAUAUCAAUGGAGACUGAAAUAGCACCUUAAGUACAAUCUUAUUUUAUAAAGAGAGCUUUUUUUUUAAAUAAUUGGAAUCCAUAGUUAACAAUUCUGAUUUUUUAUCUUUUGGUGAUUCAUCUCUUAAAUUUUAAAAAAUCUGUGUUAUAUAUGGAUCUCAGUAUGAUGACCCAAGUUUGCAAUGUGUUUCUUGAAUUCUGAAUCUCAUAACCACAAUAGGGUCAUGGUUGUCAGACUAAGGGUAUUAAGAGUAUGCAAAGAUGCUUUUAAAGAACAAAAAUUUGGAUUCUUCUUUGGUGUAUGACUUUAUAAUAUUUUGUUACAAAUUUCUCUUUUGGUCUUGUGCCAUUCUGAUUUCAGCUGAUAGCAGAAAAUAUUACUUGUUACAAUGGUCUGUAUUAAAAUCAUGUAACAUCUUGCUGUUUGCCCCAGCUCAGCAUCCUUUAUAUUUUAAGAUGUGUGUAUUCUUUAGUUUUUCUAUGGUCAUUUUAUAUAAAAAACAAAACAUAGUGUAAAUAGUUAUAUGAUGUAGAUCCACAGAAUUUUUUUAAAGUUUCUCUGACUUGGUUUACAAAAAUGUGAAUUAAACAUACAUACAGUUUGGUGCAUGAAGUUGUGUGAGUGAGCACAAUAGCUAUACAUUUCCAUGUUUUGUCAAUAAUACUGUAAAAAAAACAAAAACAAAAAAAAAAAAACUUUUUUUAGAGGCAAUUACUUUUUAUUUUCUUCAGUUGUAAAAUAAA